GCGACCUGACCUGCGACUGCGCGGGUCAAAUGUUAACCACACAUUCACUUGCAAUCAGUAUAAUCGACUAAUAAUCAACCGACAAUUGAUUACAAUCACUCAAAAAUCGAUUAAAGUCGACAACAUGGAUGCUCUCUCAGUGAACUGGCUAAAAAACAUAGCCUUGCUCACAGCAGGCGGAGGCAGCGUGGGCGGCGUGGGCGGCGUGGGCUCGGUGGCCGGGGGACUCUACGGCCAGAACGUGGUCAUGGGCUCUUGGUGUGCACCCUACGAUGCUCUGCAGCGUCCGCCCGCUUACAAUGGCGCCCUCGAGUACGAGGAGGGGCGCGAGUGCGUGAACUGCGGGGCCAACAACACGCCGCUGUGGCGCCGCGACUCCACCGGCCACUAUCUGUGCAACGCGUGCGGCCUCUACCACAAGAUCAACGGCGUCAACCGACCGCUCGUGAAGCCCAGCAAGCGGCUGUCGGCGGCUCGGCGUCACGGCCAGUGCUGCACGAACUGCGGGUCGCGGAACACCACGCUGUGGAGACGAAACAACGAUGGAGAGCCCGUGUGCAACGCGUGCGGACUUUACUACAAACUGCACGGAAUCAAUCGACCUCUGGCCAUGAGGAAGGACGGUAUACAAACCAGGAAACGGAAACCCAAAAAGCCAGCUAACGGCGCGAAACCAAAUGGUGAAACUCCCAAAAAAGAUGGACACAGCUCUCCUGCGAUAGAUGACAGCAAGUCGAGUAGUAUAUCCGAGGCGGCGCUCCCCCUGUCGGUGGGGGCGGCGGGGGGCGCGGGUCCCGCGGGGGUACACAAGCCGGACGCGUCUCCACAGCAGCACCAUCACCACCACGUUCAGGGUCACAGCCAGGGUCAGUACCCGCUGGGUCUGUCGUCUCCCUCGUUCCUGUCGAGUCCGUCGCUGUUCAACAUAAAGAGCGAGCCGGCGCCGCCGCCCUACGACGCCUACCCGCCGCCCGCCAACCACUAUCACUCCCAGCAACACUAUCUACACGCAUUACAGUACGGUCUGGGAAACAAUGAAGAAGAGGAAGGGAGUGGGUUUCUGCAUCAGCGCAACGUGACAGCUCACGCCAAGCUCAUGGCUUCCACGUAACGAGAGGUCGUCGGCCUGUGUGGCGCCGCACGCUCGCGUCGGAUGCACUCUCAACCGAUCGAACGUAAUCAUGGACUAGCGUCGAAUCUCUAUAAUAACUGAAAGUAGCUUAACGUGGCGACCACCAACCCACACAUUGCACACAGCCAUCAAUGGAUUGCCUGUAUGCGCGGUUGGCGUGAUAACCACACAGAAUCAGAUCUUUAAAAUGUUCCACGGAAAAUAAUAGGAUAUGCUAAUACUAGCACUCAAAACCAGAUACCUGUGUAAUCCACUGUGUAGAGCCACAGAGUGGAUUACUGAUGCACUCUAGACUAUUAUUGAACAAAUUAAUGACAAGAUGGUCUCAAUGUCGACGAAGUUAAAAAUAUUGUUUUAUAAAUUAGUUUUUUUCGUAGACUUCCAAGUUAUUUUAAAUGCUGGUUUAUAGAAGGAAUGUAAAUAUUGAAUGUAUAAACCCUCGUUGUAUUAUAUUCUAGUGGAAUACACUUAGGUUAAUUAAGUUCAUAAGGGACAAGACGUCAAUUUAAUGAUAUAUGUAAACAAUCCCGUACAAUUUUCCUAUUCACUUUUUACCUACUGACUCUGUAUUCAAUAGAACCGCGAUGUUCUUAUAUUCGGUAUAAUUCGUGGAUAUAUUUUAAAACGCACCAACCUACACUAUAGAUUAGAUAUUUUGAUUUAUUUCGUCAUUUAUUAUCAACACUAGUCGUGUGACUGUAGGUUAGAUCUCGUUGUUUGUGAGAUGUACAAUAAUACGCGGUAAAUGUGUAAAUACAAUUAGAGUAGCACGUAAUAUUAUAGAUGGUAAGUAUGACCAGUAUUCACAUUACGCUACCUAUUACCUAAUCUGUAAUAUUUUACUGAAUGUUAUCGCAGUUAUUAUUAUUUUACUAGAUAGAAGUAUAAUUAAAUCUUAUUGGAUAAUAUUAAUUGCGAUUAUUUCGACAUCGCAUAGCAAAAUAUGAUAUGUCUUGUGUGAAAUCGGCACUUAACUGAACACUAGAUCGAUUAACUCCACUACUUACAGAUAGUUCCUAACUUUCCAUGACUUUACUUCUCUUAUACUGAGACACGUAGGUACUAUUGUAAAACAUUUAAUUGUAACUCCAUAUGCUUAGGUAGUUUAACGCAUUUGUUUAAUUGCAAAAUGAAUAGAAUCCAUGGAAAUCCAUCAACAAACACAUCACAAUGAACAAAAAAUACGUAUUAGUAAUUAGAUGUUACUAUACAUAUUUUAUUAAAGCCAGCUAUGUACAUAGAAUAUAUAUAGAUACGUGAUAUACAUACAUAGAAGCAGACCUAAUUUUAGAACAGAACAAAGUACAAACAAUAUUCAUUUAGAAUCAAGAAUCAAAUGAUUUGUCGCUAACAAUCAUCGACUAACAAUAAUCAAAUUUUGUUUCAAGUACCAAGUAACCUAAUAUUAUACAAUCACAAUCAACACAUAGCACUUUCAUGACAUGCAUCAUCUUCAGACCCAAAAUCAAAUUAAUUCGGUGUUGUAAUAUAAAGCACAUACUUUGUCCCCGUCUAUCGCAAACAUCUGAACGUCACUGCCACUACUUGUUGUUAGAUGCGCGCAUCAACGGCAUAGUUAGGCGUUAGGGCAUACAAUGUUUUCAAUGGGUCACGAUUCCGAUCCGGUGGUAGAUUCUGCGAAGCACUACUCUUGCUAGGGCUAGUGUUAGCAAAUUCUCUCAGGUCGAGCCCGUGAGUUCACCUACACGGCCGCGCGUUGCUGGAAUAGCCUCUUAGGGUACCAGCGAAUAGGUGGGGAAAUAAGUAUACAAUGUGUAGCAUCGGCGGUUUAAUGUACUUGUAAUAUUAUACGUGCACCUACCUGGGCACUUUAUUUCGGAGUAAAAUGGCCGCACAUAUACAUAUUAUUGUUAAACAUUUAUAAUAAAAUGAACGUAAAUUUAUAUUAGAUCUUAUUAUUAUAAUAUUUUUGAGCCCUGUCCGUUUUUUUCGCAUAUUGGGGCGUAGUUUAGCAGAAAUAAUUCAGUUCUUGAAGUCAAUAACAAAUUCUUGUAGGACGCCAAGCUUCAACUAUAAAUCUUUGUUCAGAACAAUAAGGUUAAAAUCAUUUGAGACAAACUAAUUCUCUAAGCUCAAUAUUUUUUGGAAUGGAAAUAACCGUUUUUGUAUAACAGAUUUAGGUGUAAAUGUGUCGUCGUAAGCCGUCUGACAUUUCAUAAUGAAACUCUACGAUAACGUAACAUUAACAAUCCAGGAUAACCUAAUACAAUUUCAUGUAAUGCGAUGACUUUGUUUUGGUCCCUUCUCUUGAUUGAGCAAGUGUAUUAGCAAGUAUCAAAAUGUUCUUACAAAAGGUUUGACAGGAUAAUGUUAAUAUUUUUCUAAAGAGGUUCCCACACACAGAAGUGCCUCUUAACAGCUGCAUUGAGUUAGUGGGUGCGACCUUCCUACUGAUCUACGUCCAAUUUUGAAGUAUUCAUUUUGUAUUUAGUUUUAAUUUUGAUUGUCAGUUAAAUGAGGCAAUAACGUGAGUUAGUGAAUAUACUUUAGGAACACGGCAUUUAUAGAUAAGAUGUAAAUAGUUUAGAAUAGUCUUAUAGAGAAU